UUGAAAAAAAGCAUUUAUCUUUCUCGUUAUAAAAACACUAUUAUUUAUAUAGUAAUUUUAAUUUUCUAUCUGAAACCAUGUUUUGAACGAUACCUUGGCGAACGACUGAUCAAUUUGUAUCCGUACCAUAGUGAAUGGCGUAUGAAAACCGUCGAAGAAUGCCUUGAGUUCUGUGCCGCAUCAUCAUCACGAUGCAAAUCAAUUGUUCACGAACGGCAUAAACAUAUUUGUCAUUAUUUCUUGGAAGAUGGGAGUGAUCAUGCUAUUCCUUCUGCCGGUUCAAUUUACUUGAAAGUUACUGCUAAAGAAUCCUGCAAGAACGAAGAAAUCCCUGUAUGGUUAACGGUAGAAAAUGCUAUUCUGGGAAUCAGAAGUUUACAGAAAAAAACUGACGCUGACUACGCAGAAGCCUGUAAGGCUAAAUGUAAUUUAAUUACUGUAAAUUGUCCUGCUUUCACCUACGAUGAAACCGAACAAAAGUGUAUUCUGUAUACCAGUGACUUAGAAGCUGUCGAAAAACUUUCAUAUAAUCGAGCAAAUUUGAACGAUUUUAGCAUUCGUACUUCAACAAAAUUUUGCUAUCCAGACGGCCUCGAACUAUUCAAGAACUGCAGCGAAUUUACCGCUUUUCAUGACUAUGUACUUGACGUUUUGCCUCGCGAAGAAUUUGACGGCAUGCCAUACGGCAAAGAGGGACUUCACGCAUGCCUUGAACUUUGUGUUCUCUCUCCCAACUAUUAUUGCAAAUCAGCAACAUUCAUAACCGACAAAGGGAUAUGUCGAUUAAGUGAAGAAAAUUCAUUGUCAAGGCCAGAGAAUUUUCGUGAAGCUAGUGAUACAAAGCAAAUUUAUUUUGAAAACACCUGUGAUCGAUACUACACAGGCUUAAGAGGUAGGUUUUAA